AAUUACAGUGAGGAAGACUCUUUCUCCCAUUCAUGCUGAGUUUUCCCAAAGCAAAUGCAGCGCUGGGAGGUGAUGGAAAGUGGAGCCCUAUCAGGUUGUCCUCUGCUCUACCUUGAACUCCAGGAGCUCCGCAGGCAGCAGGACAGGCAAGAGGAUCUACCAUCCACCUAAGAAGGUUGGGGAGGAGUCGCAAUUGCAGUUGCUGGAGGAGACAAGUACCCCCCACACUCCUGAGCUGAGAGGUUUCUCCUCCCACGAGCCUCUCUUGGCCUCUGUGAAGGCUGGAGAAUGUGCUACCAAGUGGAAGUCAAUGACUGGCCCAGCAGGGACUUUGCUGAGAUGUUGUCUGGGAAAAAGAAGAUAAGAAGGGGAGAGGGAAGGAGCACCCUACAACAAGAAUGACUUACUGAACCCCAUUCCAUGGAGUAUUAACAUGACUUUUACAGACCUGACCAAUGACAGUUUGGGGAACCACACAGAACCCCACAUCAAGGGAGACAAUGAGACUGAGGACUAUACCAACGAGACCUCCUUGAACUUGGCCGUGGACCUUCCAGCGUUGAGUGUCGGGGUCUUCCUGGCGGUCUUCAUCCUCUUCGCCAUUGUGGGCAACAUCAUGGUCAUCUUGUCGGUGGCUUGCAACAGGCAGUUGCAGACAGUCACCAACUACUUUAUAGUCAACCUGGCCAUCGCCGAUCUCCUGCUGAGCACCACGGUGCUGCCUUUCUCUGCCACCCUGGAGGUUCUGGGCUUCUGGGCUUUUGGAAGGAUCUUCUGCGACAUUUGGGCUGCGGUUGACGUCCUUUGUUGCACCGCUUCUAUCAUGAGCCUCUGCGUCAUUUCUAUAGACCGGUACGUUGGGGUGAAAUACUCAUUGAAGUAUCCCACCAUCAUGACCGAGAAGAAAGCGGUGGUCAUCCUCAUCCUGCUUUGGUUGUCCUCUAUGGUCAUUUCCAUCGGACCUCUCCUGGGCUGGAAGGAGCCUCCACCUCCAGAUGACAGUCAGUGUAGUAUCACCGAGGAGCCGGGAUACGCUCUCUUUUCUUCUCUCUUCUCAUUCUAUCUGCCCCUCUUGGUCAUCCUGGUCAUGUACUUCAGAGUCUACAUUGUGGCCAGGAGGACAACCAAGAGCCUGGAGGCUGGAGUGAAGAAGGAGAGGAACAAGUCCAUGGAGGUGGUGCUCAGGAUCCACUGCAGAAGUGUCUUGGAGGAGUCGGGCUCGAGUACCAGGAACAACAACAAGGGACAAACCUUCAGGAGCUCCUUGUCCGUCCGACUCCUCAAAUUCUCCAGGGAGAAGAAGGCUGCCAAGACCUUGGCGAUCGUAGUUGGGGUGUUCAUCCUCUGCUGGCUCCCCUUCUUCUUUAUACUGCCCCUGGGGUCAUUUUUCCCUGCUCUGAAGCCCUCAGACUCUGUCUUCAAAGUGAUCUUCUGGCUGGGGUACUUCAAUAGCUGCGUAAAUCCCAUAAUAUACCCAUGUUCCAGCAAAGAGUUCAAGAGGGCGUUCAUCCGAAUAUUACGGUGCCAGUGCCGCAGAAGGAGACGACCCAUUUGGAGGGUCUACGACCAUCAGUGGAGAACCUCCAUGACCAGUUCAAGUCGAGGAUCCUACGGGGAACAUCAUCCACACUUCACUCCCAUUAACUCUUCCUUCAUUUUCAACCCCGGCAAUCAUGGGAUAGCCAGCAAACGGAAAACGACGGAUUUCCGAAGGUGGAAACUCAUUUCUCCUUUUCAGAGACCAUCGUCUCAGCUGAAGGAAAAAAUGAACAGCCUUUCCCACAAAAUACGGAGCGGCUCAAACAAGAGCAACUCAUCUGCUGCUUACAAGAGCGAGGUGGAGUCCAUCUCCAUGGCUGUGUCUAAUGGCUUCACAGAACUGGACUAUCAGAUGUAUGAUGUCACUGACUGCUGUGGGCUCAGAGAAACAGAUAUUUAGGUGGAUUUGCAUUUGAUUUGGGAUUUUUUUUUUGUUCAGUCGUCGGCAUAAACAUGGUUAUCUGUGUAAGUGAGAUAAUAGGGCUCAUUUGCUAAUGGUAAUAGUGGGCACCAGCAAAAGAGUGCUGUGAAUUGUGCGCUAUUUACAAAUGUGGGCACCACUUUGGAAAAUGUGAUGCCAAUUUCUAUUUGCCAAUUUUUUUCCAUGAAUGGUGUCACUGUAGAGCCAAAACGUGCACCCAAUAAAUGGAUGUAUUACAGGGGUAUUAACUAGGUACAAGCAGGACCACUAUCAAUGAGAUGUAGGGGCUACUCCAGUCAGGAGAUGUAAUUAGAAGUUACAAAUUGAGUGUGGAGAUUGGGCAGGAUUUGAGUAGAUCAUGGUCAGAGUAGAUCAUGGCACAGUCUUGGAUACACAGGACUUUUUUCCAUUAGGGUCCCAUUCUACUUAUUGGCAGGAACCACUACCCAGAUAACAUAAUAGCAUGGGGCCCCAUAAUUACUAACGGCACCCCCAGGUACAAGUCAGUUAUGCCGGCGAACAUGUCAACUCUCCUGUUAUUUUUUAGAAGACACAAUGUUCUAAGCCCCAUCACCUGCAGUAACAGGUCCAUCGCCCACUGUACCCAAAACCAAACGUAUCUACUGCAAUGAAAAGUAUAGACUCGUUACCCAAAGCAGUGAGGCAAUGAACUUGGCAGGGGGUAGGGGCUGGGCAGAUGGGAUCAAAAUGCACCCAGAUGACUUUGGUUCCAAGUUGGCAUCUCUGCUUUGGAAGUAGCGCCUUCUCAAGGCAAUUUCUGGCAUAGGUUGUACUUUAUUGCAUCUAAGCACGUGCAAGUUGCACUUGAGUUUGCAUUGGCAAAUGAGCCCUAAUAUGGCUUCUAUCUAUAUUGUGCGGUAUUGGGAUUGUGAUGGAGUAAGUCUACCAUUGUCAUACUAGUCUUUUCUUAACUACACAAAAAAUCCAAAUCACCCAAAGCAAGAUAAGCAUAUGAACCAUAUUUGGUACUACGGGUUGAUAUAGGGCCCCUGAUGAAACAUUUGGAUAGCCGCCUCACUGGCUGAGCACCCGUGCCCCCCAAUACUCUAUGACUGGCAGGUUUCUGUGAAUCCAAACAAACAUCUUACACCUGCCGAGCAAUGGGAGCGGGCAGAUCCGGCCUUAAAAAUCAUACAGAUCUAUUGUGACACACAGAAGGGAACGGGUAGGACUUCCAUUAUUCCCGUCACUUAUUUAAUUCAUUUUAUUGCAGAAAGCUAAAGGGGCAUUUAAUAUGUUUUCCAACGUCUUGGUCACACAUGUAUAAUUUUGUGAUAUGUGUCAGCAGAAAGUACAUUUUCUACAUAUGUAUGUCAGAUACAACAAAAAAAAUGUUACAAAGAAAAUGAAAUAAAUUGUGAAUUUUUUUUUAAAAAAAAACACAAAGAAGUU